UUAUGAACGGAUCUGAAAUACACACAAAUGUUAGAAUCAGAAACAGUGCUGAAACUGUAACAGAGCUACAGUAUAAUUUUUUUUUCAAAGUUCAAAAAUGUACCGCUUGAUAAUCUCACUUGUUUUUCUCUUUGCCUGGACUUUAUGUGAAAUAAUCGUUAUUAAAAAACAAAAAGACAAAAUAUAUACAGGGCAUAUGCUGUUUGAACUAUCGAUGCCGAUGUGGUCAUUGUGUGCCCAAUUUUGCUCUAGAGUACAAUUAUGCAAAUCUAUAAACUUUAUAAUAUCGAACAAAACGUGUCAGAUAAAUGAUGCUGAACCUGGCGAAAGUAAUGGUGGUGAACUCAUUGAAAGUGCAGGAAAUAGCUUCGUUGCGGCUUCAACAUUCCCUGAGGAACUAGCUGGUCCAUGUAAAGGUCAUGGCUGUAAGUCUACUGAAGUGUGUAUGCCGCAGUCACCGACUUACUCUUGCAUCCCAUUAUUUGUGCAGUUUAAUGAAAACAGACAGCGUAAAAAGACUACAACAACUAAACCUGGACAAACUGAUAUACAAACUACAACAACUAAACCAGGACGAACUGAUAUGCAGACGUCAAUAACUAAUCCAGGACAAACUGAUAUUCAGACGACAACAACUAAGCCAAGGCAAACUGAUAUACAGACUACAACAACUAAACCAGGACAUACUGACAAACAAACUACAACAACUGAGCCAGGACAAACUGAUAUUCAGACGACAACAACUAAGCCAAGGCAAACUGAUAUACAGACUACAACAACUAAACCAGGACAUACUGACAAACAAACUACAACAACUGAGCCAGGACAAACUUAUAUGCAGAUUACAACAACUUAGUCAGGAAAAACUGACAAACAGACUACUGGAAGUUUGGUUGUACCUGUAGAUAAAUUAUCUUUCAUGGGAUAGCACAUCAUAAUUUUUACGGAGGUGUUGUUUACCAAGACCGGAAAUUUAGAUACAAUCCGGGCAAACUUAUCGAUCCUUUAAAUAAACUUAUUCUAAAAGGUUACCAAUUCAACACUUCAUUUAGAUCUUUGAAUAUUGUUUUUAUUUGUAUUAAUAUUGAUUUUGUUAUCAAUAAAUUAAAAUCAACCUAAA